UGCCUGAAUUUGAGCACCGCAGCCGAAGAAAAGAAAAAAGCAGCAGCCAAAGUUGAAAAUCACAAGCGCUCUUGUUCGUGAAGCAGAAAAAAGUUGAGCCAAAUUUUGUGUGUAAUCCGCCACAGUUCCGGUGCGCGCGCCCGCCAAGAUGAGCACCUCCGACAGCACUUCGGACAGCAGCAGCGCGGCCAAGCCGUCCCAGCCGGAGGAAAACCAGGACGAGCUGAUUAUCAAACAACAGCGCGAGAUUGAGCAGGAGAUUGCCUGCACGAACCCGCUGGUCAGCGAAUCGCACGCCAUUGCGAGCUUGAACUCGGAGUACUUGGACGAUGCGAUCUACAUCAGCAAGCUGAAGGACUUGUCGUCGAAGUAUCGCGGGAUUCGGCGCACCCGGCCGGACGGGAACUGCUUCUUUCGGGCGUUCGCGUACGCCUACCUGGAGUAUCUGGUGCUGAACAAGAGCGAGUUCAGCAAGUUUUACGAGUACGCGGCCAAGUCGCGGGAGCGGCUGACGGCGGCCGGAUUUCCGCGCUUUACGAUCGAGGACUUUUACGAGACGUUCAUGGAGGUCAUCAACAAGGUGAAGCCGGAGGGGGACAAUACGGAGGCGGCGCUGGCCGAGCUGCACAAGCUGCUCAAUGAACAGGGACAUUCGGAUUACGUCGUCGUGUACCUGCGCCUGAUUACGUCGCAGCACCUGCAGGAGCGAGCCGACUUCUACCAGAACUUUAUCGAGGGAAACUACUCGGUCGUGGACUUUUGCCGCCAGGAGGUGGAACCGAUGUACAAGGAGUCGGACCACAUUCACAUCAUCGCAAUCUGCUCGGCGCUGGAGGCCGGAGUGCGCGUGGAGUACAUGGACCGGGGUGAUGGGGACCAGGUGAUUGCUCACGACUUUCCCGACGGCUGCAAGCCGAACGUGUUUUUGCUGUACCGUCCCGGCCAUUACGACAUUCUGUACCCGAACCAGGCGCAGUGAAUGACGACGACGACGACGCGGGACAAAAUCUGCUGCUUUUCUGACUCUUUUAAAUCACACACUCUUAUUCGCUAGCAUGUCCUCUUAUUCAAUUAGAGUUAAAUUCACAAAUAAAGAAAGAUUAGAGGCGAAA